UCAGAAGCUGCCUACUUAAUUUCAAAAGAACAAUGGUAGGGAAGGCUCGAUCUUCCAAUUUUACCCUAUCUGAAAAGCUUGAUCUGCUAAGCCUCGUGAAGCCAUACGUGAAAAUUCUCGAAGAGCAUACUAAUAAAAAUUCAGUAAUAGUGGAGAAGAAUAGAUGUUGGGAUGUCAUAGCAGUUAACUAUAAUGCAAUUGGAGUAGACCGUCCUCCUCGCACAGCGCAGGGCCUUCGCAGCCUUUACAAAAGGCUCAAAGAAUAUGCCAAACAGGAGCUAUUGCAGCAGAAGGAGGCCCAGUCAGAUUUUAAAAGCAGUAUUUCCGAGCCAACCAAGAAAGUCAUGGAGAUGAUUCCCCAGAUUUCCAGCUUCUGCCUGAUAAGAGACAGGAACCACACACAAAGUGCAAGCUUGGAUGAGGCUGCGCAGGCUGGUACCAGUUCACUACAGGUGAUGGUGGGUCACCAUCCUGUUGCUAUUACGGUAGAGGUGAAGCAAGAAGAAGACAUUAAAUCAUCCCCUCCAGUGCUUCCAAAUCCUCAACACAGUGAUGCUUUAGAGCAAAGAGAAGAGCAUGAAUUAGUACAUGUUAUGGAAGAACCCUUGUCUCCGUCACUUUCCUCUGUUGAUAUGAGAAUGACAUCAUCUCCAUCUUCUGUUCCAAGGAGAGAUGAUCUUUUUCAUCGUGAAAGUGGAGAACACAUUAGGUCUCUGCUAAGAUAUGACCCUCAGGUCCUGCAAAUGUUAAAAGAGGAACAUCAGAUAAUCUUAGAAAAUCAAAAGAAUUUCGGAUUGUAUGUUCAGGAAAAGAGGGAUGGAUUGAGAAGAAGGCAGCUGCUGGAGGAGGAGCUGCUCAGAGCAAAGAUUGAAGUGGAGAAACUGAAAGCCUCUCGCUUACGGCAUAAUCUGCCCGAAUGUAGUAGUCUCCAAGAGUUUUCAGUUUGAUAAUUUUAAUUUUGUCAGAAUUAAUUUGGGAAUAUCAUGAAGUUGAGCACACGUCCUAUAAAAAUGUUGUUAAUCUCUCUUAGAAAAAAGCUUUUAACGUGGUUUUCUUUUCCUCCCUAACCCUACUUUUUUUUUUUACACAAUUUUCUAAGUAUUUAAUUUUCUCUUUAGAUACUAAAAUUUACUGAUUGGUUGACAUGAUAAUCCAGUUCAUUGUUCGCCCUAAUUUUUCCUAAGGCAUUUAGCUGUUGACUUUAUGAUCUUUUGUUUUGAGUACUAGAGAAAUAAUACAGAUAGAGUUGCAUCUGGUGCAUAAGCCUGUGACCACAGCACUGGAGAGGGAGAGACAGGUCCCAAUUUCAAGGUCAGCCUGUGCGUGUGAAAUCCUGUGUCAAACAAAACAGAAUGCUCACAAUUGUGAAAUGCAUAAAUUGUAUUUCAAAGUACUGAAUCUUCAACAGUUUUAGCUACAACUUUGAAAGUUAGAGUUAAAACACACACAGAGAGAGAGAGAGAGAGAGAGAGAGAAUAUGUGUAUGUGUUGGUGUUGGAACAAGUACAUGAUGGUAAGCACACACCUUUAUCGCUGAGCUAUAUCCCUAGUCCUAUUUUUUUUUUUUUUUUUUGAGACAAGAUCUCACUCUGUAGCCCAGGUUAUCCUGGAGUACAAGCUCCUUUUGCCUCGGCCUUCUGAAUACUAGGAUUAUAGUUGUGUGCUAUUCUAAUGGUAACAGAAAAUGAGUAUGCAUGACAUUGGUUUUGUCUUUAUCUUUUGAAAGAGUGGUGUUAGCUUUAGAGACUGGAGGUAUUUGGAGAACACUUUGGUUAGAGGUAAUGAAACUGAGGUCAGGAAGGACGCCAUAAUUUAUUUCAGGUAGCACGGCUUUUCAUGGCAGAGAAGUAGCAGUACUUAGUUCUUUUUUUUUUUUCUUUUUUGAGGAAGCAGGGAGUGAUAGUGGUAGUAAUUUUUCCUUAUUCUAUAGAAGUAAAACAUCUCAGAAUUUAUUUAAUUAAUUAGGAGAAUUUAUUUAAUUAGAAUCACCUUUUGGGUUGGGGAUUGUAGUUCAAGGGUAGAGCACUUUCCUGGUGUGUUUGAGCCGUCUCCAGGUGACCAAAAGAGAACUUACUGCUACAUGUUGUUGGGUCAUGAAGUCUGGGGAGUUGUGUCUCUACCCUGCCCUUUGUCCUGAGAAAAGAGAUCGUGUCUUUUUAUUGAAAAUAUUACAUAUUUGGCCAUGUGAUUAAAAUUACCUUAAUUCAUUUUCAGUGUUUUUCCGGAAACUGUAGUAAAAUUAGAAUUAAACAAAAUGAAAACUACUUAGAAUGACAGUAGCCAAGAUCAUGUUUACAUAGCAUUUAACUCGUAGAUUUUUGUAAGUAUGGUUUUUAAAUAUUGUUGUAUAUUCAUAAAAAUAAAAUCUUGAUUUUCAUAAAUCUUACAUAUUGAAUUUAUGUUAAAUAUUUAAUGUGUGUCUUUUUUUCUGGGAUUUUGAUGAGGAAAGACUUUAAAAAGCCAGACUUUCGGAUGGGGCAGGUAGAGUUUCAGAAAUAGUGGGGAUAAAGGGUACUUGAUGUCAGAGUGAGCUCCUGCAAAAACACUCACAGAAUGGGAUGGAGUGAAUCAGUGUCCAAGCACAAAUGCUGUCUAAGCCAGGCAGUUUUAAGUGAGGAUAGGUAGGAAGUCUUGGCUUUUGGUAACUCCAAUGACCUGGAACACUCUAGGUAGACCAGGCUGGCCUCAGCCUCACAGAGAUCGUCCACCUCUGGGGUGCUGCAUAAGGGGUGCCUGGUGGACAUCUUUCUUGACUACAUUGGGUAGCUUCUAUUUGGUUCAAGUUGAAAUUUAACAUGCAGGAAUAUGUCAGGAAUCUGUAUUUCUUGUGAAAAUUUGUAGUAUUUAAAUGUUUGCAAGUCAUUCAGAAUGCUUUUAAAACAGUUUGGGCACGCCAGCCUCCAGCUCUCAGGCUUCCGGUUAGUGGUCGUCCCAGUAAAAGGCCCAGGUGAGGAUUGUGGCCGAUGGAUGAUUCAGGGCUCUACUGGUGUAAUCAAGACUUAGGGCGUCUGUCCAGAACACCACAAAACUAGAGUUAAGACAAUAGUGUCAGUCCUGAACUGGCCUUCUGUUAGUUCCUUAGAAUUGUAAAUCCAUCCAGUGAGUCAGAAACUAGGGUGGGAUCCAGCCCUCUGGGAAUAAUGUCCUCUGGGGAUUCUGAUGCUAAAGGGUGAGAAUUAACUUGGUGCUUAAAUUAUGUCCGCUUCUCACCGGAGUGUAAUAUGGAUAAAAUGUCAGUUGUUACAAAAAUUAGGGAUUCCAUUAAAUGCUGUUUUUAACGAGUCACAUUUAACUGAAUAUGAAGUGAGAAGCUGUUGAAGGCGUUUUGAUUAGAGAGAUAACAUGAUUAAGAAUGUGAGUUGAGUAGAAGCUAUCAAAUGUAGCCAUAGAAGUAGUUUGUUUACCAACUUCUCAGUGUUCAAGGUCAUGUGUGUUCCCUGGCAGUUUGCCUUUUUAAUCUGUGCUAUUUCAUUUGAAAUGUAAUGGAUCUUCUAAUUUGAGGUAAUAUAUUUUUAGUAAAUAUGUCUAUAGUAGAAAUCUUUUUGAAAUUAUUAAAAGUAAGUUAUAUGAAGUAUGAUUCUCAUUAUUUCAGUAUGCUGCCGCUCGGGUGUGGUAAACAUCCAGUCUGAGUAUUGACUUUGUACAGCAAACCCAUUUACAAGUGUCUUUGUGGAAAACAAAUUCUGUGAAAUGUUUCUAGAAAGUAAUUCAGUGUUUAAAGAAAGUACAUCUUUUUUUUUGAUGGUUUAGUUCUAUAAUCAUUGUGGAAAUUUAAAAAAUAGAUGUCUUUGAAAAUUCCUUUGUUGUACAUAAUAUAGUUUUGUAAUCACGUUUUUCUCUGGCAUUGUUCAAAUUUGCUGUUUCCUGUGUCAAGUGAUACAGUUUGUUAGCAGUUAAGGGCUGUGAAGAGUAAUAAACUUUUUUUUUGUAUUUUAAAUUCAGAAUUCCAUUCAUCAGAGUAAACUUCUGCAGUUUUUUAUGAAUCAGUGUUGUUUUAAUUGUAAAAGUUAUAAAACAUAUAAUCUUGCCCCAUUCUCUAAUUUCUUCCCCCAUGCAACCGUGUUUUCAAAGUGAGGUCUAAGCGUGGUCUAUGAGAAUUCCCAAGUAGAGCGAAGGAUUAGUCAUUUGACCGCAGAACCCGUCUUGAGACUGUUUUCCUUUGAUCCUGUAGGGGAAUUGAGCUAAAUCUCUCCACCUUUCUCUGUGGUACUGAGACUUUGAACUCGAGGACACUUUGCUGAGGACAGGUUUCACUCAGCCAGUACUGAGGAGGAACUUCCGCUAGCAGUGAGGGAGCUGCCAUCCUCUUCCAGUUUGGGAAAUGCUGGCAAGACUGAGGGGGUUUGUUUGGUUCUUGUUUUAGGUGUGAUUCUGUAGAGAGACUUUAAAUGUGGUAAACGAUUAUUUCAUUUGCUCUCCCUCGCUGUUUUUUUUUUUUUUUUCUUUCCCCUCUUCUAAGCAGGUUUUCUCUCUAUUAUUGUCUUGGCUGUCCUGGAACUCACUGUUUAGGCCUCAAACUCUGGCUGCCUCUGCCUCCGAGUCCUGGGACUGAAGGUGUGCGCCACCAAGCCUGGCUUUCAUUUGAUCUCUUAGUAAUUUAGAUAAUGGGUAGCUUUUGCUCCCUCCCUAGCUUAUCUGUAUGAACGUAAAUAGAUAUAUUAUAAAAUAUUCUGAAGUGGAUGUGGCAUGUAAUAGUAUUCCGAGAAAAGCUUUUUCCCCCUUCUUAUUUCGAGACAGGGUUUUUCUGUAUAGCCCUGGGUGUCAUAGCACUUGCUCUGUAGACCAGGCUGGCCUCGAACUCACAGAAAUCUGAUUGCCUCUGGUGCUGGGACUUAAAGGCAUGCACCACCACCUCCUGGCUAAGCUUUUUUGUUUAUAAUUUCAUGAAAUGUUCAAAAUAAAUCCCCUUUUGCAUAGUGAGGCGACAACUUGUAUAGUUUGGUUUUUGAGUCACCCUCUGGUUCAUGUUUGCUCACAUAAAUGUUACAGCGUGUGCCUCCUGCUAGUGUGGUGUCAUCUAGUGGACAUUUAACUCUCAGAGUACCGGGAACCUGUUUACUGCAGUGUACUCUUGGUGAGGGUGGCUAAGUGAAUGUUUUGUUAAUACAUGUUUUUAAGAAUAAGGAAGUUAAACUGAUUUGUAUAUAUUCUUUUUGGUGCCAUAAAUCAGAUUGUAGUAUAGUAGAGGUAAAAGUUUUUGAUGAAGCAAACUUAAAAUUGUCUAGAAGACUGUAAUAGAUACCAAAUAUACUGUAUCUAGAUAUCAUGCUUAAAAAAACCUUAAGGUCCACAAAUUCUCAAAAUAAAAUAUUUGAUUGUAAAUACUUAAGAAGUAAAUGAAGUACAUAGUCUAUAAAUACAGGAGUAAGUUUGUAAGUUAGGCAAUCUAAUUAAAAUGAACAGAAUCGUUCUGAAUUUUUGUAUACAUUUUUGAGAUACUAUCUCUGUUUUCUUUGUCUAAACAUUUACUUUUAUUUAGUUCUUUUAAAUAAUAUAUUAAGUACUUGUGUCCCCACCAGGAUGAUUAAUGUAUUUUUAGUCUUUUGAAUU